CAGAAAGGCAUUUUGAACGCGCGCCUUCAAUUACGGCUCUUGUGGGUGGGAGUUCCCACGCGGGCCAAUCGGCGUUCGUUGGAAGGGGGACGUUUGUCUCAAAUUCCCCUCCAAUUAAAAUCACCAUCAUAAAUUACGCAAAACGAGGAGAGUGGAGGGAGAUGUGGUUAGGACGCAGCCAACCACAACCACCAUCAGCAGCAGCAGCAAGCGGUUGUGUUCGUGGAGGCUGCAGUGUUGUGGUCGCUGACAGUCUUGGAGUAUGGCGACGCCGGCGACGGCCAAGGGGACGUUCCAGUUUGCCAUCGACCGCGGCGGCACCUUCACGGACGUGUUCGCACGCUGCCCCGGUGGCCGAGUCCGUGUCCUCAAGCUGCUGUCCGAGGACCCCGCGCACUACCCUGACGCUCCCCGCGAGGGCAUCCGCCGCAUCUUGCAGGAGGAGACGGGCAUGGCAAUGCCCGCGGGGCUGCCCCUGGACACCGCGGCCGUGGAGUGGAUCCGCAUGGGUACCACGGUGGCCACGAAUGCGCUGCUGGAGCGCAAGGGUGAGCGCAUGGCCCUGCUCAUCACGCGCGGAUUCCGAGACCUGCUGCACAUCGGCAACCAGGCCCGACCCAAAAUAUUUGACCUGGAAAUCCGAAUGCCCGAGGUACUCUAUGAAGAAGUAAUCGAGGUGGAGGAGAGAGUGGUUCUCCAACAGCAGAAAUGUCAGCUCCCAGGAAAGGAGGCACAUCCGAUUGUUACAGGUUCGACCGGCGAGAAACUGGAGGUCUGGAAGGAGGUCGAUCUCGCUGACCUGGAGGAGAAGCUUAGCAGAGUGUUGGCCCGGGGCAUCAGCAGUCUGGCCGUGGUGCUCAUGCACUCGUACACGUGGGCGGAACACGAGCGGAGCGUUGGCGAGCUGGCACGCCGCAUGGGGUUCCGGCACGUGUCCCUGUCGUCGGACAUCAUGCCCAUGGUGCGGGUGGUGCCGCGCGGCUACACGGCGUGCGCGGACGCCUACCUAACUCCGUGCAUUCAGAAGUACCUGUGCGGCUUCACCGCCGGAUUUCGCAACGAGCUGCAGGACGUGCGGGUGCUGUUCAUGCAGUCGGAUGGCGGGCUCACCCCGAUGGGGAGAUUUAACGGGUCGCGCGCCAUCCUGUCCGGCCCAGCGGGCGGCGUGGUGGGCUACGCCGUCACCACCAGCACGGCGGACAAGUGCCAGCCCGUCAUCGGCUUUGACAUGGGCGGUACAUCGACGGACGUGAGUCGAUUUGCCGGCUCGUACGAGCACGUUUUUGAGACGACCACGGCAGGGGUGACGAUCCAGGCACCGCAGCUCGACAUCAACACAGUGGCAGCGGGUGGCGGCUCCAUUCUGUUCUUCAGGGCUGGCAUGUUCGUGGUUGGUCCGGAGUCGGCUGGCGCUCACCCUGGCCCAACUUGCUACAAAAAAGGUGGGCCGCUCACCGUGACCGACGCAAACCUGUGCCUGGGUCGGCUGCUCCCGGAGUUCUUUCCCAAAAUUUUUGGACCGGAUGAGACGGAGCCUCUGGGCAAGAAAGAGACAUGGACCGCAUUUGCGAAAAUGACGGCGGGCGUGAACGACUUCCUGGCUGCACAGGCGUCUGGGAGUUCGCAGGCGCCCCCCGACAACAUGAGUGUGGAGGAGGUGGCCAUGGGUUUCAUUCGAGUGGCAAAUGAGGCCAUGUGUCGCCCCAUCCGGGCACUCACACAGGCAAAGGGUCACGACACCUCCCAGCACGUGCUGGCAUGUUUCGGCGGCGCAGGAGGACAGCACGCCUGUGCCAUUGCGCGCGCCCUCGGCAUGAGCACAGUCUUCAUUCACAAGUAUUCUGGCAUCCUGUCCGCGUACGGCAUGGCGCUGGCGGACGUGGUGCACGAGUGCCAGGAGCCGAGUGCUCUCGUGUACGGACCGCCCGCCUUCCGACGCUUGGAGGAAAGGAUCACAGCGCUCGAUCAGCGUUGCGUGCAGGAGCUGCGGUCUCAGGGCUUCGCCCGGUCCCAGAUCCACACGGAGGUGUUCCUGCACAUGCGCUACGAGCGGACCGACUGCGCUAUCAUGUGCUCUGCCUGCGGUUUCCCUGGAAACGAGGCCUCUUGUAGCUACGGAGACUUUCUUGAGGCCUUCACGCAACGGUACAAGCUGGAGUUUGGCUUCACGAUCCCUGGGCGUGCGGUGGUGGUGGACGAUGUAAGGGUGCGUGGGGUCGGCAAGAGUGGCAUCCACAUGGAGCCCGAACUUCCUGCCAGCAAGGAACCGCCGCCUCUCAGGAAGGUGACGCGUUGCUACUUUGAAGAGGGUUACCUGGACACAGGCGUGUACCUGCUGGAGGAGCUGAUGAGCCAGCAAUCUAUCCCAGGCCCCGCCAUCAUCAUCGACAACAACAGCACCGUCCUGGUGGAGCCGGGCUGCACAGCGAGCGUGACGGAGCACGGGGACGUCCGUGUGGCCGUGGGCCGCGCCUCGCCCUGCACGGUGGGGCCGCGCCUCGACGCUGUCCAGCUCUCCAUCUUCUCGCACCGUUUCAUGAGCAUCGCCGAGCAGAUGGGACGCAUUCUGCAGCGCACGGCCAUCUCCACCAACAUCAAGGAGCGCCUGGACUUCUCGUGCGCCCUCUUCGGACCCGAGGGGGGGCUCGUCUCGAACGCCCCCCACAUCCCCGUGCACCUGGGUGCCAUGCAGGAGACGGUGCAGUACCAGAUCAGAAACCUGGGAGAUGAUAUCAAAGAAGGCGACGUGAUCUUGAGCAACCACCCGUGUGCUGGAGGGAGCCACCUGCCUGAUCUCACCGUCAUAACCCCAGUGUUCCGGGCAGGCGUGGAUCGGCCUGUGUUUUUCGUGGCGAGCCGCGGGCACCACGCAGACAUCGGGGGCAUCACACCGGGCUCAAUGCCACCAAAUUCCACCACGCUGCAGCAGGAGGGGGCUGUGUUCAUCUCCUUCAAGCUCGUGAAGGAUGGCAUCUUCCAGGAGGAAGCGGUGACCGAAGCGCUCGUGGCUCCCAGCCUCGUGCCCGGCAGCAGCGGCACGCGCAACCUGCAGGACAACCUGUCGGACCUGCGCGCCCAGGUGGCCGCCAACACCCGCGGCAUUGCGCUCGUCGGACAGCUCAUGGACGCGUACGGCCUGGCCACCGUGCAGGCCUACAUGCAGCACAUACAGGCAAGACCGGCUGAACGGCGACCUGCGCCCCAGCCGCGGGCGAUAUUUGCAACCAGUCCCAGGGCACUCCGUUCACCAACCGGCAGCGACCAGCACGGUCAGAACAAUGCAGAGGUGGCGGUCAGGCAAAUGCUCAAGGAGUUUGCGCUCGGUCUCUUGGCUCCCGGCAAUGAGGGGCCCCUUCGGGUGGAAGCCGAGGACCAUAUGGAUGAUGGAACGCCUAUCCGUCUGUCGGUGGAGAUCAACCCUGCCGAUGGUAGUGCAGUCUUUGAUUUCACAGGGACCGGUCCAGAGGUGAAGGGCAAUUGUAAUGCUCCUCGUGCCAUCACGCUCUCCGCACUCAUAUACUGCCUGCGUUCCAUGGUGGGACAGGACAUUCCUCUAAAUCAGGGCUGCCUGUUCCCUGUGAGGGUGGUGAUCCCGGAGGGCUCCAUACUGUCGCCCUCUCUGGGUGCCGCCGUGGUGGGAGGGAACGUCCUGACGUCUCAGCGCAUCGUCGACGUUAUCUUCCGAGCCUUCUCUGUGUGCGCUGCGUCGCAGGGCUGCAUGAACAACAUCACGUUUGGAGAUGAGGAGGUCGGCUACUACGAGACGGUGGCGGGUGGCGCUGGCGCCGGCCCGCACUGGAGCGGCCGCAGCGGGGUCCACACCCAUAUGACCAACACCCGCAUCACGGACCCCGAGAUCCUGGAGAAGAGGUAUCCCGUCGUGCUGCAGAAGUUCGCACUGAACGCUGGGACGGGGGGAAAGGGGCGGCACUCUGGCGGCGAUGGAGUGACGCGGGAGCUGCUCUUUCGCCGCCCCCUCCUGCUCUCCGUGCUCACAGAGCGCCGAAGCUUUGAGCCGUACGGGCUGAACGGAGGAGCUCCUGGAGCGACCGGACGGAACUGGUUCAUCCGGGCGAACGGAGAGAGGCUCGAGCUGGAAGCCAAAUCCUCCGUGUCCGUGCAGCCCGGGGACACGUUCUGCCUGCAAACACCAGGAGGCGGCGGCUUCGGAAAGCUGGAAGCCAACGCUGACCACGACGGCGGCGAAGAGCCGCGUGCCGCCCAUGGGCGUGAGCCAGCCAGAGCUUUUGCCGAAAGAGGCAGCUUGUUUGACUACAAGCAAGCCCAGGAAUCCGUUUAAGUUGUUCGCAGCACCCACAGCUGGCUCAGCACACCUCGCCUGCCGACAGACGCCGCACAACAAUGCAUUGUGAUGUUGUAACGCAGAGGUGGGGAACCUUUUUUUUCUGCCAAGGGCCAUUUGGAUAUUUCUAACAUCAUUCGCGGGCCGUACAAAAUUAUCAACUUAAAAAUUCGCCUGUUAUAUUUGGUCAAACAUUUAAUUAA